AUGAAUCGAAUGGAUUGUAUUAGUUUGGUUCGGUCUUUUUCCAAUGGCAGUCCGUUGCGUCAGAUAUUUGCUAUCUAUGAAAUAUGGGAUCACAGGAGAUCAUCACAAGAACCUUGGUUAUUUCGCUGGUCACUUGAUCGAUACACUGUCGCAUUUGGAAUGCUUUUUACCGUUUGUCUCAAAUGGUGUCAACAGUGUAUUGGGACCAACGUCUUACCCAAAGCACUGGCAGAUACGCCGCGUCCUCAAGCGACCAAACACUCAACCUGGAACUAUGCCGCAGUUGGACUCACAACCCUGGGAGUUACAGUUACAGUAGCUACGGCAAUUUCCGUGUACGGUUGUCGUGACAAGACAGUCGGCAUUCUUUUACAUCCCUACAUCUGCAUUAUUCCGAUACUGGCUUACAUGUGCAUGCGGAACGCCUUGCUACCGGUUCGAACUCGAUACAGCGCCUUUUUUGCAUGGUGUGGGGAUAUCUCCCUCGAGCUCUAUUUAGUUCAGUUUCACGUAUGGAUGUCAAACAACAGCUAUGGGAUCCUCUACCUGGUUCCCAAUCAUCCAUUCGUUAACUUUGCACUGAUUAGUGCCACUUUGCUUUGUGUAUCUCAUGAAGUGCACUACUUGACGGUCAAGCUUCGACGGCAUAUUGUUCCUGACAGUCCCGUUGAGCUGCUGUUCAAAGGGCUUGUAAUAUGGCUUCUCUACCUAUUUCUCAGUGCUAAAAUUUGAAGAUAGAACCGAUUCGAGUGUCAGCUUCAUACCACCCAUUAACUGCAGUGGAUUGUUUGCUUGUAAAGCACACUCACUUUGGCCUAUUUUG